AUGGUUACAGAAAAGCAGAAUGGUUCUUCCCCGCUGUCGCCAGAGGUUCCUCGGCGCCAGAACACGGCUUGUCCCAUCGCGCUGGCGCUGAUGGGAUUGGCGGGUUCGCUGUGGUGGAUGUUUCCUGGGAGAAGCUAUCAAUACCCAGCGACGACGCAGGCUUCUGCGGAAAGUGGCUUUGAAUGGAGUAAGAUCACGCCUUCCAAAUCGCUGGAAUACCACGAUUGUUUCGACGGGUUUCAAUGCGCCCGCCUGGAGGUGCCUAUGGACUAUCACCGUGCAGAUGGUCAAGGGCGUCAGAUGGCCAUCGCUAUUGUCCGCUUACCCGCGCAAGUCCCGGUGACAGAUUCGCGAUAUGGUGGACCAAUCUUGGUGAAUCCUGGCGGUCCAGGGGGAUCUGGGGUUGGACAAGCUCUUCUAAUAGGCCGAGACAUGCAGACCAUAGUUGAUGCGGAAGCGAACCCUACAGUAUCUACGGCAUAUGAGGAGUCUUCCGAUCGAUACUUCGAUAUCAUCGGCUUUGAUCCGCGGGGUGUCAACAAUACCACGCCGGGCUUCAGCUGCUUCCCAGACUCUUUCUCUCGGAAGAAUUGGGAGCUUCAGCUCGAAGCAGAAGGUAUGCUGGGUAGUUCGGACCACUCGCUGAUGCGCAAUUGGCAACGCACCCUUGCUCUCAAUGCGGCUUGCUCUGAAUCGCUGUUAUAUGUUCCGGAAGGAUCCGACGAAGCACUUGGUGAACAUCUCAACACACCUCCGGUCGCUAGGGAUAUGCUCGAGAUUAUAGAGCGGCAUGGCGAAUGGCGGGGAAAGCAGGGCCAGGUGGAACAACAGAGACACGAUCAAAUGCAAGGGUAUGAUCCGCAACAGCCCAUUGCGACGCGCAGCAGAUGGAACAAAGGCGCAGAGAAACUUUUGUACUGGGGCCUUUCCUACGGGACCGUUCUCGGUGCCACUUUUGCCACGAUGUUCCCAAAUCGAAUUGAGCGGGCCGUGUUGGACGGCGUGGUCGACUCAGAGAAGUAUUAUACGGGGAAGGGGCCAGAGUCAAUCGUCGAUGCCGAUGCAAUUUUCGACCGGUUCGCACUCUACUGCGAUGCCGUUGGGUCGGAUGGCUGUCCUUUCUACACCCAGGGCGGCCCAGCCGCCAUCAAAGCUGCAUAUCUAGAACUCCAGAGCGCACUUUACAAUGCGUCGGUGCCAGUAGCGCCGUCAGCCAGCCGUGGACCAGAAGUCGUCACAUGGACAGAUCUGAAUAUCAUCCAGCGCAUUUCCAUGUACCAGCCGCUUCUGGUAUUUCCCAUCCUGGCACAGUUCGCAAAGGCACUGGCGGAAGGUGACGGAUCCGCAAUAGCAAGCUUCAAACAGCUUCAACGCUCACCCUCGUGUCCGUCCGAGCAAUGUGCGACUGCUGGCCCUUGGUCGCCUGAGUGCCAGGACCAAGGGGACAAUGAACUGUACGCGACGUCUGCCAUCCUCUGUACCGAUGCGGGAUAUCUCCGUGGAUUGGAUCAGGAAGCUUUCAAGACGCUAUGGAAAUCCCUCAAAGACCAGAGCGCUGUGAUGGGAGACUAUUGGGCUACCAUCGGGCUGGGCUGCGUGGGGUUCAAGCCACAAGGAAAGUGGCAGUUGAAAGGACCGUAUGCGGGCGAUACAUCUCACCCGAUUCUUUUCGUCAGCAACACCCUGGAUCCUGUAACUCCUUUGCGAAGUGCGCACAAGAUGUCUGAAGGCUUCCCCGGUUCAGUCGUACUCGAGCAAGAUUCCGAAGGGCAUACCACCCUAGCUGCGCCAUCGGUGUGUGUCAGCAAAGCCAUUCGCGCAUACUUUCAGAGCGGAGUAUUGCCAGAUGUUGGAACGCUGUGCAGUGCUGAGAUGAAGCCUUUCCUCGGGGAGUCGGGCACGAUUGAGACGCUGGAUCGCGGUGAUCGUGCGCUUCAUGAGGCAUCGAUAAAUCGGAUCCAGCUUUGGGGUUCGAUGAAGCAAAGGCGGCUGCCUCUUUUCUGA